CUGCAGGGGACCAAUGACAGCGGUGUGCUCAGUAAGGUGUCUGCUGUAGCUCAGGGUUACUUCCUGGUUGGAAGUAAGGGGUCUAGGAGAGCCCCUCUCAUCAACAGGUCGGUAAGAUAGAAACAUAACAUGUGCACACACACACUCUCAAUAGAUUUGUAUAGUUAGAAUGACCUGCCUCUAUAUAUUUGUUUAUGUGUUUGUGUUUCUACUGUAUGUCUGGUGCAGGGGUUACUAUGGGGUUACUAUGUACGUUGGAGAGCUGUAGACCACUGUGUCAAGCAGUUUCUGCAGGUGACAGAAAGCUGCCCCAGGAGACAGGUAAGGUUAGCCUGCUCCAAGGUCUGUUUUUGCUGUUUUGCCAAAUCCUAUGGUCAUUGGCAUGCCAAACAUAACACAAACUCUGUCUCCAGGUGUGGUCUCUGGGAGCGGGGUUUGACUCCCUGUAUUUCCGUCUGCGCGCAGAGGGGAGAUGGGAGGGGGUGGUGGAGUUUGAGCUGGACUUCCCAGAUGUUGCCCGGUGCAAGGCUGCCGUUAUUUGUAACAACCCAUGGCACGUAUGGCUGACUGGUUCUCUCUUUCUGAAAGUUACUGUUUCAAGUGUUAUUAAGUGUGUGUGUGCGUGUGUGCUCUGUUCUAUCUCCAGGGCUGGGAGCAGUGUGUGUGUCUGAUAUAUUAAUGAGUUUUACCUGGGUCUGGUUCCAGAGAAGGCAAUAUGUAGAGUUGAGAGCCUGGAACCAUUUGAUGAGUUUGAGGUGAGUUACUCUAAUCUAAUCGGUCCUGACUACCCAGUCAAUAGCUUGUCCAACAACCAUCCAGAUGUACUUCUGUCUCAACUCAUCAGAGAGAUACACAGUAUAGGAAACUGUCAUAUAAAAAGUAUUUGGAUCGUAUUUUCCAUGUCUCUUUUUGUCUUCAUUUCAGGAGUGGAACUAGAAGUGCUCUCACUACUUCAUCUCCACUGCCUCCAAAGUCUCCCUGAGCAGCCAGGCUCUGCUCAGCCCUCCAACAGGUAUGUGGUUACUCACCACACUGUAGUUACAAUGUACAGUACCUACCUAUGGAAUUACCAUGUUUUUGUCUUGUAUAGUAUUUGUGUCUUUUCUCUGCUGCUGUUUGACAUUACAAUAAAGUAUCUAUUUAAUACAGAUAUUUUAGUGCCACCUAAAGUAAACUUCAACCAUUUAUUCUCCAUUCUGCCUUUUCAUUUUAUUCAACACUAAUGCCAGUAUCAUCACAGAGAAUACUGGAUGUCUGACGUGUCCUCCCCUGUAUCUACCCCCCAUAGUGUCUCCUAUCCCUCCCCCGAGGUCGGCGCUGAGUCCUCUCUCCCUAGUGGUGACGCCCAUGCCUGGGGAGCUGUGUGUGGAGGGUCUUGGGAUGGCCUCUACCCUCCUGGGUCCUGGGCUGGUGCUGCUCAGUGGGGGUUCAGGCAGAGGGGGUAGACAGGCUGCAGCCAGGGUCCUCAUCAGAGCCAAUGGUGGCUGGAGAUGUGUUUGUGUGGAGUCAUCCAUAGACUGGGGCUAGAGGGCUGAAUGGAUCUGACUGGGGCUAGAGGGCUGAAUGGAUCUGACUGGGGCUAGAGGGUAAAUGGAUCUGACUGGGGCUAGAGGGCUGAAUGGAUCUGACUGGGGCUAGAGGGCUGAAUGGAUCUGACUGGGGCUAGAGGGCUGAAUGGAUCUGACUGGGGCUAGAGGGCUGAAUGGAUCUGACUGGGGCUAGAGGGCUGAAUGGAUCUGACUGGGGCUAGAGGGCUGAAUGGAUCUGACUGGGGCUAGAGGGCUGAAUGGAUCUGACUGGGGCUAGAGGGCUGAAUGGAUCUGACUGGGGCUAGAGAGCUGAAUGGAUUUGACUGGGGCUAGAGGGCUGAAUGGAUCUGACUGGGGCUAGAGGGCUGAAUGGAUCUGACUGGGGCUAGAGAGCUGAAUGGAUUUGACUGGGGCUAGAGGGCUGAAUGGAUCUGACUGGGGUAAGAGGGCUGAAUGGAUCUGACUGGGGCUAGAGGGCUGAAUGGAUCUGACUGGGGCUAGAGAGCUGAAUGGAUUUGACUGGGGCUAGAGGGCUGAAUGGAUCUGACUGGGGCUAGAGGGCUGAAUGGAUCUGACUGGGGCUAGAGGGCUGAAUGGAUCUGACUGGGGCUAGAGGGCUGAAUGGAUUUGACUGGGGCUAGAGGGCUGAAUGGAUCUGACUGGGGUAAGAGGGCUGAAUGGAUCUGACUGGGGAUAGAGGGCUGAAUGGAUCUGACUGGGGCUAGAGGGCUGAAUGGAUCUGACUGGGGCUAGAGGGCUGAAUGGAUCUGACUGGGGCUAGAGGGCUGAAUGGAUCUGACUGGGGCUAGAGGGCUGAAUGGAUCUGACUGGGGCUAGAGGGCUGAAUGGAUCUGACUGGGGCUAGAGGGCUGAAUGGAUCUGACUGGGGCUAGAGGGCUGAAUGGAUCUGACUGGGGCUAGAGGGCUGAAUGGAUCUGACUGGGGCUAGAGAGCUGAAUGGAUUUGACUGGGGCUAGAGGGCUGAAUGGAUCUGACUGGGGCUAGAGGGCUGAAUGGAUCUGACUGGGGCUAGAGAGCUGAAUGGAUUUGACUGGGGCUAGAGGGCUGAAUGGAUCUGACUGGGGUAAGAGGGCUGAAUGGAUCUGACUGGGGCUAGAGGGCUGAAUGGAUCUGACUGGGGCUAGAGGGCUGAAUGGAUCUGACUGGGGCUAGAGAGCUGAAUGGAUCUGACUGGGGCUAGAGGGCUGAAUGGAUCUGACUGGGGUAAGAGGGCUGAAUGGAUCUGACUGGGGCUAGAGGGCUGAAUGGAUCUGACUGGGGCUAGAGGGCUGAAUGGAUCUGACUGGGGCUAGAGGGCUGAAUGGAUCUGACUGGGGCUAGAGGGCUGAAUGGAUCUGACUGGGGUAAGAGGGCUGAAUGGAUCUGACUGGGGCUAGAGGGCUGAAUGGAUCUGACUGGGGCUAGAGAGCUGAAUGGAUUUGACUGGGGUACUAUUAGGGCUCAGAGUUUUACAUCACUGGGAUAAACUCUUGGCUGUAGGUAUAGGCUAAAGGGCCCGGAGUUGUUCCUGAUCAGGUUCUGUUCUCCUCCCAGGUGUCCAACUGUAUGACUCUGUAACAUCUGUCCCUCGGUGGGGAGCUGUGGUGUUUGGUGGCAGCUCCUCCCCACUCCACCCAAUCAGAACCCUUUUCAGAGUGAGCUAUGACCCUUGUGACCUGCCUGACCCGGUUGCACCUGACAACCAGGCCUCAGUGAGGCUCUCCUUGAAGAUGAGCUGCACUGGCAACCUGCCUAAACCAAGAUGGAGGCACACUGCGACCGUGCUGAGGCACAAAGGUGAGUUCCUUUCAGAGCAUAUGAGCGGAGUGGAGCGGUGAGAAUCUCAGCUCCUCGCUCACGGAGCUGUUCACCCCUCCGCUCCCCCCGCUCAAAGCCACAUCAGGCCAGUCCGCUCAUUAUCGCUCAGCGCUCAACGCAGUUUGCAUCGCGCUCCACUCAAAUCGCCCCCCGCUCACUCCAAAAAAGGAACAAAAUCUGCAUGUAUUUCACUUUUAGCUUAAACCACAGCCUUACUUUAUCUCCCCGAAUUUGUUGCAUACAGACUCAUCUCGGAUUAUCCAUUCUGUCUUGAAACGGGGAUCUAACACUGAAGCUAAAAUGAGAUGUUAAUCAGUAUAGUAUAUUCCAUAGCGAAUUGACACGUUGUUUGCCAAUGUUUCUGCAAAAGCAGCGAUGCCCAUUGGAAGUGCAGCGUGAGUGUAAUCGGUGAGCAGGGAUUUGAUUUCUGUGACAGCAGGGAGGAUCAUCCCCAGGUUCCCCAGCUCCUUCUGCAUUUUGUCUGUGAGAUCUGCUAGUGGUGUCAGCACACUGACAAGGUGCGUCAGCUGCCGUACUUGAUUCAGGGUGAUGUUAGCAACAUUAGACUUGAGUUUGUUUUGCCAUAACGGGUCUUUUUGGAACAACCGGAUGAACGACUGAAUCAUCCGCAGCUGGCUGCUCCAUCGAAUGGCGCAGGCAUUUGUGGGGCGGACACCUAAUUGGUCGGUUUCCUCUGUGCUCUUGCGUACACUUUUCACCAGGUGCCCGACUUUCACUAACAGCCUAUUAAUGUUGUCGUGCUCGUUAAAGGCGUUUUUGAUCGCCAGCUGAAGCAUGUGAAUGGGGCAUCUCAGAUGUAAAUUUGACAAAGUAAAGUACUGAUUUAUCAUAGUUUUUUUUAUUUUAUUUUUUUCUUGGGGGGGUGUAGCCCGGUUGAGCUGCGCUGGCGAAGUGUUGCAUACCUUCGCGUUCUCCUUUACUCAGCGGUUCAUAGUCCAUGAAAAUCAUUUCAAAAAAUGCUACAUCCAGCUCUCUUUUUCUCUCCCUUGUUAUGGUUGGGCCUUUGCGUGCAGUGAAUAAACUUUUGAAUUCCUCAACCCUUUUCUCUUGUUGCUGCUGCUGCUCCUCUCGCUCUAUAAAAUACAAAUUCAUGGACGACACAAAUUAAAUUAAACAGAUUUACAUUUACAUUUUACAUUUUAGUCAUUUAGCAGACGCUCUUAUCCAGAGCGACUUACAGGAGCAAUUAGGGUUAAGUGCCUUGCUCAAGGGCACAUUUACGUCAUUUAGCAGACGCUCUUAUCCAGAGCGACUUACAAAUUGGUGCAUUCACCCUAUAUAUUUUUAUUUUAUUAUUUUUUUGGGGGGGGGUAGAAGGAUUACUUUAUCCUAUCCCAGGUAUUCCUUAAAGAGGUGGGGUUUCAAAUGUCUCCGGAAGGUGGUGAGUGACUCCGCUGUCCUGGCGUCGUGAGGGAGCUUGUUCCACCAUUGGGGUGCCAGAGCAGCGAACAGUUUUGACUGGGCUGAGCGGGAACUAUGCUUCCGCAGAGGAAGGGGAGCCAGCAGGCCAGAGGUGGAUGAACGCAAUGCCCUCGUUUGGGUGUAGGGACUGAUCAGAGCCUGAAGGUACGGAGGUGCCGUUCCCCUCACUGCUCCAUAGGCAAGCACCAUGGUCUUGUAACGGAUGCGAGCUUCAACUGGAAGCCAGUGGAGUGUGCGGAGGAGGGGGGUGACGUGAGAGAACUUGGGAAGGUUGAACACCAGACGGGCUGCGGCAUUCUGGAUGAGUUGUAGGGGUUUAAUGGCACAGGCAGGGAGGCCAGCCAACAGCGAGUUGCAGUAAUCCAGACGGGAGAUGACAAGUGCCUGGAUUAGGACCUGUGCCGCUUCCUGUGUAAGGCAGGGUCGUACUCUCCGAAUGUUGUAGAGCAUGAACCUGCAGGAUCGGGUCACCGCCUUGAUGUUAGCGGAGAACGACAGGGUGUUGUCCAGGGUCACGCCAAGGCUCUUCGCACUCUGGGAGGAGGACACAACGGAGUUGUCAACCGUGAUGGCGAGAUCAUGGAACGGGCAGUCCUUCCCCGGGAGGAAGAGCAGCUCCGUCUUGCCAGGGUUCAGCUUGAGGUGGUGAUCCGUCAUCCAUACUGAUAUGUCUGCCAGACAUGCAGAGAUGCGAUUCGCCAUCUGGUUAUCAGAAGGGGGAAAGGAGAAGAUUAGUUGUGUAUCGUCAGCGUAGCAAUGAUAGGAGAGGCCAUGUGAGGAUAUGACAGAGCCAAGUGACUUGGUGUAUAGGGAGAAUAGGAGAGGGCCUAGAACUGAGCCCUGGGGGACACCAGUGGUGAGAGCACAUGGUGCGGAGACAGCUUCUCGCCACGCCACUUGGUAGGAGCGACCGGUCAGGUAGGACGCAAACCAGGAGUGAGCCACGCCGGAGAUGCCCAGCUCGGAGAGGGUGGAGGAGAUCUGAUGGUUCACAGUACAAAGGCAGCACAGUCUAGAAGGACAGUUCAAAGGGAGAGACAGUCUAAAAUUUUGGGGGAGGGGCCCAAAGGCUGGGAAAAAUUUUAAAUCCCUUUCCCGGGCCAGGAGGGGAAGGGGGGGGGGCCAAAGGAAAAAAGGCCCAGGAGGUGGGAAGGGAACGCAAGGCCCCCCGGGUGUUAAGGGGAAAAAAGGGGGUUUUCGGAGGCCUUUUGGGUACGGGGGUUCCGUUCCCCCAUGUUUUAGGAAAGCCCGGUCUUGUUAAGGUUAGCCGGGAAAACCAGGGGUUUGUCCGGGGGGGGGGUACGGGGGGACUUGGGGGAAGGGAACACAAACGGGUUGCCCAAUUUCGGCAUGAGGGGGGGUUUCCCGGGGGGAAAGGCCCCCAGGGUUUGGGGUUUCAGUUAGGGGAUGAUCCCAAAUCCUGGUUUAGGCCGGGCCGUUUCCGGGAAGGCAUUCGAUCUGGUUUAAGGGGAAAGGAAAAUUAGGAUGGGGUCACCGUUGAAUGUAGGAAAAAGCCAGGGGGUUGCGGGGACCCCAAAGGGUUGAAUUGGGGGGAGGGGGAAAAGGAGGGCCCUAAAACGAGCCCGGGGAACCCCGGGGAGUCCUUGGGGAAAGACACCCCGUUUUCCCCGGGGGCCAUUGGGAGGGGGACCGUAAAUUAAAAGCUUCCGGGAAUGAGAGGGAGCCCCACUGGAAAAAGGGGGAAAGGGGGGAAAAUUGGUGGUUACGUAUCAAAAGGAGGGGGCCAUUUUGGGGAAGGCAACCCAAGGGGAAAAAUUGGUUUGGGGAGUGGGGAGGGCCUGAACAAAAGGGGGGGGCACCAGUUGAACCAGGUCCGGAAACCUGGACUUUUUUUGACGAAGGUCUUCGGGGGAAAAGAAAAGGAUUUGGAAAAGGGACGGCCCCUCAAUUAUUUUGGAAAAGGGGAAAAGGAAAAAAGGGAACCCGGUUUUAGGGAAAAACAGGGGAAAAAGGGGUUUUUUUAGGGGCAACCUCCGUCCCGAAAAAGGAAGGGAAUCCCCCGGUCCAAAAUGAGGUUUUAAAAUUCUUUCGAGGGAGUUAGGGGAGGAAGGGCCCCGGGGAAUGGUUUGGAAAAAAAGGAAAAAAGGGGAAUGGGGGGUUUUCCAAGGGGCAAGGGUUUUUUUUGGGGGGUGAAACCUCGCUUUUUUAAAACGGGGGGAAAAAAGGGGAAGGAAAAAUUUAAAGCAUAGGUAGGGGGUUGGGGUAAGGAAGGUUAAAAGGGGAAAAAAAGGGGGAUUUUUCGGUUCGUAAACCCCUUCCUUUUUACUGGGAAGGAAGGGGGAAGGGGGGGGGGGGGGGGGGGGGGGGGGGGGGGGGGGGGGGGGGGGGGGGGGGGGGGGGGGGGGGGGGGGGGGGGGGGGGGGGGGGGGGGGGGGGGGUUUUUUUUUUUUUUUUUCAGGGAGGAGAAUGUGGCAAAGAGCUUCCUAGGGUUAGAGGCAGAUGCUUGGAAUUUAGAGUGGUAGAAAGUGGCCUUAGCAGCAGAAAACAGAUGAAGAAAAUGUAGAGAGGAGGGGAGUGAAAAGAUGCCAGGUCGGCAGGGGGAGUUUAGUUUUCUUCCAUUUCCGCUCCGCUGCCCGGAGCUCUGUUCUGUGAGCUCGCAAUUGAGUCAUCAAGCCACGGAGCUGGAGGGGAGGACCGAGCCGGCCGGGAGGAUAGGGGACACAGAGAGUCAAAGGAUGCAGAAAGGGAGGAGAGGAGGGUUGAGGAGGCAGAAUCAGGAGAUUGGAGGGAGAAGGAUUGAGCAGAGGGAAGAGAUGAUAGGAUGGAAGAGGAGAGAGUAGUGGGAGAGAGAGAGCGAAGGUUGCGGCGGCGCAUUACCAUCUGUGUAGGGGCAGAGUGAGUAGUGUUGGAGGAGAGCGAGAGAGAAAAGGAAACAAAGUAGUGGUCGGAGACAUGGAGGGGAGUUGCAGUGAGAUUAGUAGAAGAGCAGCAUCUAGUAAAGAUGAGGUCAAGCGUAUUGCCUGCCUUGUGAGUAGGGGGGGGACGGUGAGAGGGUGAGGUCAAAAGAGGAGAGGAGUGGAAAGAAGGAGGCAGAGAGAAAUGAGUCAAAUGUAGACGUAGGGAGGUUGAAAUCCCCCAAAACUGUGAGGGGUGAGCCAUCCUCAGGAAAGGAACUUAUCAAGGCGUCAAGCUCAUUGAUGAACUCUCCAAGGGAACCUGGAGGGCGAUAGAUGACAAGGAUAUUAAGCUUAAAUGGGCUAGUGACUGUGACAGCAUGGAAUUCAAAUGAGGAGAUAGACAGAUGGGUUAGGGGAAAAAUUGAGAAUGUCCACUUGGGAGAGAUGAGGAUUCCUGUGCCACCACCCCUCUGACCAGAUGCUCUCGGGGUAUGCGAGAACACAUGGUCAGACGAGGAGAGAGCAGUAGGAGUAGCAGUGUUUUCAGUGGUAAUCCAUGUUUCCGUCAGCGCCAGGAAGUCGAGGGACUGGAGGUUAGCAUAGGCUGGGAUGAAGUCAGCUUUGUUGGCAGCAGAACGGCAGUUCCAGAGGCUGCCUGAGACCUGGAACUCCAGGUGUGGGGUGCGUGCAGGGACCACCAGGUUAGAGAGGCAGCAGCCACGCGGUGUGAGGCGUUUGUGUAGCCUGUGCGGAGAGGAGAGAACAGGGAUAGGCAGAGGCAUAGUUGACAGGCUGUAGCAAAUGGCUACAAUAAUGCAGAGGAGAUCGGAAUGAAAUGAACUAAACAUCUGGGAAAGGAGAGAGUAGGGCCUCCCUCACCAAAACUUCCACCUCAGAAACUAUAAUUGUUUCACUGAACCACCCGAACAAAAACUCUCCCAACUUCCACUUUUAGAAAUUAGAAUUGUUGUGAACUACAGCGGUUCAAUGUUUCAAGGAAUAGACUCAACUUACUUUAUUCAGCUAGCUAACUAUGACACCAUAGCUAACUAGCAUGCUAGCAUCCAAUAACACACAGUUUAGCACCAAUACUUGGUUACAACAAACUACCAAUAGUGUGUUAACACACUAAACAGAUAAUUCGUGUCCGUGUCUAGUUCCUUUCAUAACGCAGCAAUAAUUAAACGUUGGCUAGCUAGCACAAAUAUAUUGUAUUUAGCUGCUACAGUACAGUUAGCUGGUCGUGUUGGCUAGCUAGCAAUGGCUACUGUGUGGACUUUGUUUGAAAAACGGCUAGCUAGCUAGCUUCUCCUGAGUGGCGCAGUGGUCUAAGGCACUGCAUCGCAGUGCUAGCUGUGCCACUAGAGAUCCUGGUUCGAAUCCAGGCUCUGUCGUAGCCGGCCGCGACCGGGAGACCCAUGGGGCGGCGCACAAUUGGCCCAGCGUCGUCCAGGGUAGGGGAGGGAAUGGCCGGCAGGGGAUGUAGCUCAGUUGGUAGAGCAUGGCGUUUGCAACGCCAGGGUUGUGGGUUCGAUAAAAAUAAUGUAUGUGCUAACUGUAAGUCGCUCUGGAUAAGAGCGUCUGCUAAAUGACUAAAAUGUAAAUGUAAAUGUAAACAGAUAAUUCGUGUCCGUGUCUAGUUCCUUUCAUAACGCAGCAAAAAUUAAACGUUGGCUAGCUAGCACAAAUAUAUUGUAUUUAGCUGCUACAGUACAGUUAGCUGGUCGUGUUGGCUAGCUAGCAAUGGCUACUGUGUUGACUUUGUUUGAAAAACGGCUAGCUAGCUAGCUUCGUGCUGCGGGCCUACCUACAAUACCUAACUGCAAUCUAAAUACAUAAUUAAGCCUUACUCGACAAAGCCCAAGCUAUGUAUAAAGCCAAACUUACCCGACGCCAGCUGACAUUUGUCUUCUGCAAUCAGUAGGUGUAAUUAAGUACAGUAGCUACUAACUACCUAACGUUGAUGGCUCAGAUAAUGAGGUUAGAAAAACGGCUGAAUGGUAGGUAGCUAGCUGGCUUAAUUACAGGUACUCUUAAGCGUGAAAUAACAUUGGAAACAACUCUCCACCGUUGCUAAACGUUACCAGUAGCUACCCGCUAGCUAGCUAGCCUCGUGCUUCGCCGGGCUCCGCCGUAAACAAUACUUACCUACAAUAAUUACCUACAGAAACCUACAAUAACUACCUAAAUAACUACCUAAAUAAACUACCUACAAUACCUAACUACAACUACCUACCUACAAUCUAAAUACAUGGUUUAAGCUUUACUCAACACCAUAUAAGAAGCCAAGCUUACCUCCUGCUAGAGAAAACACAACCUCUCCCGAGAAAGAAGAUGGAUUCUGGGUCAGGCUUGAGCAUGCUUCAGACUCGUGGUGUGAGCGAGCGAAAUUGGAGCGGGACAUAGGGCGACGCUCCAUCCUUUUAAAAAUGCCGCUCUGCGCUCUGUUCAAAAUCCGUCCGCUCACGCUCCACGCUCGCUCCCGCUCCACUCCGCUCAUAUGCUCUGGUUCCUUUACAGGUUGAUCUAAAGUCAGUUUGUCAGCAGCAGGGAUUACUGAUAGAACUUUGUUUUAAUGGCAAAAAUGCUUCAACUGUCUUCUCCUGUCUCUUCCUCACAGGUCAGAACUUCCUGUUUGUGUUUGGAGGACGGAACGAGGCUGAGGAUGCACUGGGUGACGCCCACUUUCUGUGUCUUGAUGACCAGCGUUGGACCGAGGUGGGUUUGUUUACUUUGCUGUUCAUUAUAUUACCUAGCUGUGGGGAACGUAGCCUGCCUACCACAGGAGGUUGGUGGAACCUUAAUUGGGGAGGAUGGGUUCGUGGUAAUGGCAGGAGCGGAAUCAGUGGACUGGUAUCAAAUACAUCAAACACAUGGUUUGAUGCCUUUCCAUUCACUCCGUUCCAGCCAUUAUUAUGAGCCAUCCUCCCCUCAGCAGCCUCCACUGCUGCCUAUACCAAAGAAAUACAAUAUCACUGAACUUUGACUAAGUGUUUUUGCAGAUUCCUAUAGAGGGCACUGCGCCUGAGCCUCGCUUCUCCAGUUCAGCCUGUCCAUAUGAAGGAGGGGUGGUGAUCUGUGGAGGUUUGGGUAGAGGAAGUGUUCCACUAGGGGAUACAGUCCUACUGGGGCCCACCACCACAGGCUUCUGCUGGGAGAGACUGCAGCUCCAACCCCCUCUAGUGCCCAGGUGUGGAGCUUCAACAACUCAGAUACAGGAAAACACAGUCUAGUGGCUGAUACUUGAUUUCACAGUAUCGUGUCACUUUGUGUUUUGCAUAUUGUUUUAACAUGGAGUGAGUUAAUUUAAUGGACAGAUAAGUUGUUUCAGACACCGUAGUCCUCCUCUAAAUGAGCCCAGGAUAUUGUUCUGCUAAAUCAAAGGGUUGUUUUAACGCUGGUACCAUCCUCCAUUCGUUCCAGAUAUUCCCAGUGUGCCCAUGUGAUUGGUAAUCGGCUGGUGUUGGUGGGAGGAGUUUGGCUGCAGGAUGAGGGCGUGCCAGGGGUUGCUGUUACAGACCUGACCACAGGGGGCAGUGUGGAGCUUAUCCUGGACACUGACUAGGUGUUGACCCGGUUAUAUUACAUCCCUGUAUUCACUGUAGUGCACACACGCUCACAGAUAACACACACAAAAUGGAUUCACUGUACACACUGUCAUGGGCUACACAAAAUGGAUUCACUGAGUGCCAGCUGCCAUAUCUCUUAUCCUCCCCUAGUCUGCCGAACCCCUUGUUAUAUUAUACCCCUGCUUUCACUGCACACAGUCACACAGACAAUAUAAAAUGGAUUCACUGCCAUCUCUCUCUGUCCCUCUUCUAGUCUGCUGUACCCUGGCCUCUCAUGCUGCACUCCUUCUGCUCGGAGCUCCUGGACUCUAAUGACUCUGACGGGUCAACAAUGAUGGCUCUGAUUGGUGGAGGAGGAAACUGCUUCUCCUUUCGGACUCAUCACAACCCUCACGCUGUCACUGUGGGACCUCAAGCCUGUUCUAUAACUAUGAGACAUGGUUGCUAG